AUGGUUUCACCUCCAUCCCAGAGACUCUGGGUGGGGAUGCUGGUGGUGUUCGUGGUGGUGGUGGUUGAGCUCCCUGGAGCCCUGCCGAAGUGCAUCUUUGAUGAGGUUCAGGUUCAGGUCAGAGUGGUUGAAGCUGCACCCGUUGACCCAGACAGCCCACCCAGUAAGACCAGACUCAGAGCCUUGGCCGGGCAGGAGCCACAAACCGCUAAUCCAGGAUUCAAAGGAUCACCUCUGCAAGCAGUGAAGCAGAGGAGCAGCCUUGGAGGGUUAGUCCCGCCCACUGCUGUCUCCCCACUGCCAAUCAGGAUCCGCACCUGGGUUCCGGAACAGAGUGACAGCCUAUCAGAGGCUGAGAAAGACAGGCUGGAGGCAGCUGUGGAAGAGGCUAUCCCUGAUGAUCACCUGGCUGGAUGUGAUGUGUAUCCAGAGGCUGACUCACCUCGCAGGACUGCUCUCCGACCUGAAGGCGCUGGACUCCCUGACACCGACUUCCUGCUUUACCUCCACGUACAAGCCACUGACAAGUGUCGAGCAGAGCCUAACGUGUUGGCCUACGCUGUCCACUGCCAGACGGACACCCAUGGGCGACCUGUAGCUGGGGUGGUGGUCAUCUGCAGGGACGGACUGAGCGGAGCUGCAUACAGCCACCACACUACUGUACAGACUGUGAUCCACGAGCUGUUUCAUGUACUCGGUUUCUCUAAAGAUCUUUUCCACACCUGGAGAGACUGUUCUUCCUCUUCUCAAGGUGUUGGCUGUUCUCCUCGGGGGAAAGUGACUCACACUGAUGGAUCGGGUCAGAUGAGGAUCUACACCCCGUCCGUUAUCUCAGCCCUACAGAAGCACCUGGCAUCCACAGACCCCGAGCUUGGAGGGCCGCUGGAGAACCUGGAUGCAUCUCCAGGUGGAGUUUCCUCUCACUGGGAGUCCCGGCUCCUGCAGGGGUCCAUCAUGGCAGCAGUGCUUGGGGACUCGACCACAGUCCGGAUCGACCCAAUCACCUUGGCUGCAUUAGAGGACACGGGCUGGUACGCUGUCAACCUGAGCCGGGCACAGAGUCUGGUCUGGGGAGACGGUGAAGGAGCUACGUUUGGCUCUCUGUCAACCUGCCACAACAGCUCCUCAUCCUUUUUCUGCACUGGCAGUGGACUCGGGUGUCAUUAUCUUCACCUCCACAAGGGGGAGUGUCAGACUGAUCCAUACCUGGAGAAGUGUAGUAUGUACAAACCUCUCAAGAAUGGAAGUGAGUGUUGGAAGAAGGAAAAUGAGAGGCAGUCAGCUGAAAAGGACUGGAGUGGAGAGAUCUUUGGCUUUGACAGUCGUUGUUUCUUCUCCAGUCUGAACAGACAGAGUCACUUUAUUUUGUCCAGUGGCUCUGUGGAGGGCCGCUGUUACAGACACAGGUGUACUGGACCUAACAGGUACCAGAUCCAGGUGUUUGGCUCUGAAUGGGUGGACUGUCCAGCUGGAGGAACCAUUCAGAUUAACGGAUAUCAGGGUUCAGUUUUCUGUCCUGACAGGUUUUGUCUGUACGCUGACGUUACUCCCUCACAUGAUGUCAACACAUUUCCUGCUUCUAUCACAAGUGAUCCCUUUCAGACUUUAACCUCAGCCCAGGAUGGGACCUGGUUUUCCCUCAGACCUCCUACAGAGGUCACUGUAGUCACAGCGCUCUGCUUCACUGCUGCUGUGUGUCUCCUGGCUGCAGUCAUGGUGUCUUACAGGAAAUGCUGCUCCUACAGGGUCAGGAUCCACACUGCCCCAGAGGAUCACAGCAACCUGUAG